UAUUAGUAGUAGGAUCAAAUUGAAUCAAAAUAUCAUGUCGAGUGCAUCAAAGUCCACACCAAGCGCCGCCGCCAGCGGCAGCAACAGCAGCAGCAACAGCUCCACGUCUGCAGCAACGGCGUCAGCAUCCUCCUCGAAUGUCCAGGAAUUUAAGAUCCGGGUGCCCAAGAUGCGAAAGAAGCAUCAUGUUAUGCGUUUCAAUGCCACACUGAAUGUGGAUUUCGCCCAAUGGCGAAAUGUGAAACUGGAGAGGGAAAACAAUAUGAAGGAGUUUCGAGGGAUGGACGAGGAUCAGCCCAAGUUUGGGGCCGGCUCCGAGUACAAUCGAGAUCAGCGAGAGGAGGCACGCCGCAAGAAGUUUGGGAUCAUAGCGCGCAAGUACAGGCCGGAAGCACAGCCCUGGAUAUUGAAAGUCGGUGGCAAGAUGGGGAAAAAGUUCAAGGGCAUUCGGGAGGGCGGUGUGGGUGAGAAUGCAGCAUUCUAUGUGUUCACCCAUGCCCCGGAUGGUGCCAUCGAGGCGUAUCCCCUGAACGAGUGGUACAAUUUCCAACCCAUUCAGAGAUACAAAUCUCUAUCGGCGGAGGAGGCGGAGCAGGAGUUCGGUCGUCGAAAGAAGGUCAUGAACUACUUCUCGCUUAUGUUGCGCAAGCGUUUGCGUGGCGACGAGGAGGAGGAGCAGGAUCCGGAGGAGGCAAAACUACUUAAGGCAGCGACCAAAAAGUCCAAAGAGCUAAAAAUCACCGACAUGGACGAGUGGAUCGAUUCCGAGGACGAGUCCGACUCGGAAGACGAGGAGGAGAAGAAGAAAAAGGAGCAGGAGGACAGCGACGAUGGCAGCAAGGCCAAGGGGGGCAAGGGCAAAAAGGGCGCCGACAAAAAGAAGAAAAAGCGCGAUGUGGACGACGAGGCGUUCGAGGAGUCGGAUGAUGGCGAUGAAGAGGGUCGUGAAAUGGACUACGACACCGAGUCCAGUGAAGAUGAACCCGAUCCCGAAUCCAAGCUGGACAAGGACAUGAAGGGCGUUGCAGAGGAGGAUGCUCUACGGAAGCUGCUUACAUCGGACGAGGAAGAUGAGGACGAGAAGAAGUCGGAUGAGUCGGACAAGGAUGAGGCGGAUGGUGAGAAAAAGAAGAAGGAAAAGAACAAAGACGAAGCCUCUAAGGACAAGAAGAAGAAGAAACCCUCGAAGGAUGACAAGAAGGCGAAGGCAAACGGCAGCGGUGGCGACUCCUCCACGGACUUCAGUACGGACAGCACAGACUCCGAGGAUGAUCUCAGCAAUGGGCCACCCAAAAAGAAGGUCGUCCCCAAGGACAAAGAAAAGGAGAAGGAAAAGGAAAAGGAGAGUGCCACCAACAACAAGCCAUCAACCAGCAGCAAUGUCAACAAAUCGCGCUCUUCCACGCCCACGCCAGCGAACAACGAUGUCAACAAACGCAAGAUGAACAGCCUGCCCAGCGAUCUCACUGGCUCGGACACCAGUAACAGUCCAACCAGCACGCCGGCCAAGCGGACCAAAAACGAAAUCAGCACUUCGCUGCCCACAUCCUUCUCUGGCAGCAAAGUGGAGGACUAUGGCAUAACCGAGGAGGCAGUGCGGCGGUAUCUCAAGCGUAAGCCGUUGACUGCCACCGAGCUGCUGACCAAGUUCAAGAACAAAAAGACUGGCGUCUCUAGCGAUCGCCUUGUGGAGACUAUGACAAAAAUAUUGAAGAAAAUCAAUCCCGUGAAGCACACCAUCCAAGGAAAGAUGUAUUUGUGGAUUAAAUAGGCUGUAGACAUGUGAUUGUAAGAUUUUUACAUUUCACGUUCAUUAAAUUUAAGCUCAAAUUGCCCUAAGAUAGGGCCACAUCUUGAA